GGAGAGGGCGCCGGGCAGACAGGGUGACGCCAUCACGCCGGGCGGAGGCCGAAGCGGCGCCGGGCCGUCAACAUGGUGGUCGGCGCUUUCCCCAUCGCCAAGCUGCUGAUGCUGGGAGUGAGGCAGGUCAGCCGCCCGCUCGCCAACACCCUCAAGGCCAACGCCAGGAGGAGCCCCUUCUUCAGGGCCUACAUCUGCCAGCCGCCGGCGCAGAUCUACCACUGGUUCGAGAUGAAGAUGAAGAUGAGGAUGAUGGGGUUCAAAGGUGCUGAGGUGCAGCCCUUGAACGAGGACGUGGCAGCAGACCUGGGCUCCGAACUGCUGGGGGAGGCCAUCGUCUUUCUGGUGGGAGGCGCUUGCAUCCUGGCCGAAUACCUACGGCAGUCAUCGAACACGGCCAAGAAGGAGGAGGAACUUCGCAGCACACUGGACAGCCUGCAGGAGCAGGUGGCUCACCUCUCAUUGACUGUGGAGGAACUGGACGCGCGCCUUCGAGAAAACAACCGGCUCGUUCUGUCGCUGCCUGCUCAGGCCACAAAAGAAACUCAGGAGCCAUCGAAGUGAAUGGAAGUUGAUGUGUUCAGACUGCUGCUUUGGGUUAAGAAGCCACAGAUACAGAUGGGUGUAACGUUAGGUGAGGAAGAGCUGCACAGAAGGUGUGAUUCACCACGUUUAAAUGGCCGCACACAUUGACGGGGUAAAUGUGUGCUCGCAGUGAGAUAUAUCUUCCCUCUGUGGCAACAAGCAAGAGCCUCCCGCAGGCAGGAAGAGCAGCAUGGUUGGUUGACCUUCGCCCCGUAAAGAUUUGCUGAUCAUGUCCAGUCUAACUGUUACCAUGUUUGUUUUAAGACCUUCCCCGCUCGGAGACUGAAACUGUGAUCCAGCAGCCAGUGACGCACAGAAUCCGUAUUAAACCUGCAGCAUUAUCACCACCAAACCCAGGCGAACAGAACUCGCGGCUACCAGGAAAUCCACGCGCCUUUUGGGGAAUCUUUGUCCAGCACCACUUUCCAUUGAAGGAUGUUUCCACAGAACUUGUCUUUCCUCCAGCACUCGCUGAUACACCGACACAAAUGGACUAACAAAGUAAUGUCGUAACAAGGAACUCCAGAUGCUGGUUUAUACCAAAGAAAGACAUAAAAUGGUGUAGUAACUCAGCAGGUCAGGCAGCAUCUCUGGGGAACAUGGAUACAUGACGUUUCAGGU